CGAACUCAAAUCCAACUGAACGAACUUGCAGGAUAAGCCGAAGCAGUUCGAGAGGUGUUGUAGUUGAGCUAAUUUUUCUCGCAGCCAUGGCAUAUCUGAGCAUGGGAGAAGCACACAGACGAAUCUCCGACUACUUGAAUCGCUUCUACGACUCUGUUUCUUCUCAGGAUGGUUCCUCACUGAGGCAGCUACUCUCCGUCUCUUCCGAUUCUCCUCAUCUUUUAUCACUCGCCGACGCUCUGAAUGUCUUCCAGGACGCAAAUAGAUUGAUAAAACAGGCUGAUAGAUAUUCUCAGCUCGGUGAAAUCAUCGCUCCUCUCUUUAGGUGUUUGCAGAAUUAUCGCAUUGGGCACUUGGUUGAUGCCUAUAACGCUUUCGAAAAAUCUGCCAAUGCGUUUCUUUUAGAGUUCCGGAAUUGGGAAUCUGCAUGGGCCAUGGAACCAUUAUAUGUGAUCGCCUACGAAAUUAGAGUCCUCGCUGAGAAGGCUGACAGGGAACUAGCUUCGUAUGGAAAGAACCCAGAGAAACUGAAGGGGGCUGGCUCAUUCCUAAUGAAAGUUUUUGGGGCUCUCGCUGGUAAAGGCCCGAAACGUGUUGGAGCCUUACAUGUAACUUGCCAACUGUUCAAAAUUUAUUUUAAGCUUGGUACAGUCAACCUUUGCCGAAGUGCGAUUAGAAGCAUUGAAACAGCUCGAAUUUUCGACUUUGAGGAAUUUCCAGUGAGAGACAAAGUCACCUACAUGUAUUAUACAGGCCGUUUGGAAGUAUUUAAUGAAAAUUUUAUCGCCGCUGAUAAAAAACUCACGUAUGCCUUAAUGCAUUGUAAUCCUCGGCGAGAAGAAAACAUAAGGAUGAUCCUGAAAUAUCUCAUACCUGUGAAGCUUUCCAUAGGCAUUUUACCAAAAAGUUGGCUCCUGGACAAAUAUAAUCUGAUUGAGUACAAUGAUGUUGUGCAAGCACUAAAAAGAGGAGACCUUCGACUUCUACGGCAUGCUCUCCAAGAACAUGAAGACCGAUUCUUAAGAUCAAGUGUAUAUCUUGUCCUGGAGAAGCUAGAGCUCCAAGUUUACCAACGAUUGAUAAAGAAGAUCUAUAUCAGCCAGAAGCAGAGGGGCCCCAGCAAAGCACACCAGAUAAAGUUGGAUGUGAUUGUGAAGGCUUUGAAAUGGCUCGAGAUCGACAUGGAUGUUGACGAGGUGGAAUGCAUCAUGGCUAUUCUAAUAUACAAGAACCUUGUGAAAGGAUAUUUCGCUCACAAGAGCAAAGUGGCUGCUUUAAGCAAGCAAGAUCCUUUCCCCAAGUUAAAUGGAAAGCCCAUCAAUUCAAAGGGUACUCAUAAAAAUAAAAAUGUUCCAAGUGUUCUAGGACUUAUUAUACCUUUUUUUUUUUUUAAUUUUUUUGUCUGUGGGGGGGGGGGGGGGUAGGGGUGUAGUUGUUUC